ACUCUGAUAUUUCAAAGCUAAUAACAAACUUCAAUUAAUUAAGGGGGUUUAGCAACUCUUAAAAAUUUGCCCUCUUUCCCUGUUUUUCUGAAUCUCCUUUCUAGAGGAGAGAUGAUGGAGAGAAUACCUGCCUGGCAGGUGAUCUCUCUGUCCGGGAUUCUGAUAUGGGUUGCGAUCUCCUCGUUCUUUAAUGUGACCCAGAAGCUUAGAUCUCUAACCCAGCCAUGGGUCACCUACCAUGUCCUGACAGGCACCCCCCUCAUCCUUCAGGUCCAGAACUUCCAGCAUAGUUUCUUCGAUGCUUUAUUCUCUGGAUUAUCCUGUGUUGUCUCUGUGCCUUUCUACACUGCUUUUCUCCCUCUGCUCUUCUGGAGUGGCCAUUGUAAAUUGGCCAGGCAGAUGACCCUGUUGAUGGCUUUCUGUGAUUAUAUAGGGAACUGCAUUAAGGAUCUGGUGUCAGCACCUCGGCCCAGUUGCCCUCCUGUUAGGAGAUUAACAGCUACCAAAGAUGAGAAAGAAAACGCCAUGGAGUAUGGAUUGCCCUCCUCUCACACUCUCAACACUGUUUGUUUAUCAGGAUACUUGUUGCAUUAUAUCCUGCAUUACUCCCAGAAUAGAGACGGUGCUGUAGUGUUAGCUGCACUUAUAACUGCUUACUUGCUUGUGGGGCUUAUUGGCUUGGGAAGGAUUUACCUUGGCAUGCACAGUGUGGUCGAUGUCAUAGCUGGGCUUGUCAUUGGACUGUCAAUCCUUGCAUUUUGGAUUAUGGUACAUGAAUAUGUAGACAGCUUUAUAGUCUCUGGACAGAAUGUUACAUCCUUCUGGGCCACCCUUAGUUUUUUGUUGCUUUUUGCAUAUCCAACACCAGAGAUUCCGACACCAAGUUUUGAGUUCCAUACAGCCUUCACUGGUGUUGCAUUGGGAAUAGUUAGUGGAGUCCAGCAAACUUACCAUCAGUUUCACCAUGAAGAUAUCCCACGCAUCUUUGACCAACAACUUACACUGCCAAAUUUCGUGGGAAGAAUUCUGGUAGGAAUUCCAACCAUACUUUUAGUGAAGUACUGCAGCAAAGCUCUAGCUAAAUGGAUACUUCCUGUGGCAUCCAACACCUUAGGCAUCCCAAUAAGGUCCUCCUGUUAUGUCCCAGCACUAACUGUAUCUGCUACUGAGAAAAAAUCUGAUAACAGUAGACAAUUGCGUCAUUUCCAGAAGUUGCUCUUCUUACGUCAGGAUGCAUUUGAUGUUGAUACAGGUAUAAGGUUCCUUCAAUAUGCAGGCCUUGCAUGGUCUGUUGUAGACCUGGUUCCAUCUAUAUUCUUGCAACUAAGAUUGUAAGUGGGGAAAUAACUUUAGCAUUAUUGCUCGCAUACUCCCCCCCCCCCUUUUCUUUCUGUCUUGGGUUUCGGUAUGAUUUUUUUUUUUUGUGUGUGUGUAACCAUUGUAGAUAAUAUUUCUAAAUUUAUUGUAAGAAAAUUUCCACUGGUUUUCCAAGCCA